GUGCACAUCUGGGUAGCUGGCAGGAGCAUGAACGUCUCACAGGUGGGAGCUGCAGCCAAGGCUGCCUGGCUGAGCUGCUGCAACCAGUCUGGGUCGCCACUCCGAUCCCCGGAGGGGCCACGCCUGGUGCAGGCAGUCGUGCUGGGCGUCCUGUCGCUUCUGGUGCUCUGUGGGAUCCUGUUCCUGGGUGGUGGACUCCUCCUCCGUGCCCAGGGCCUGAUAGCCCUGCUAGCUCGAGAAAGGCAUUCAUCCCCUGAGGCCGAGCCCAGUACCUGUGGAGGGGACGAAGACUCCUAACUGUCAGCUGCUCUGGAGAUUAAGCCCCUUCUCGGCCAUCCAGAGCUCAGUUCUGUGGGGCACAGCAGAAGGUCCGUCCCGCAAGCCCUGCGCAGGUGCUGAGCCUCUCCCUCACCUGCCGCCCACCUGCACCCCCAUUUGUGCUGCAGAUGAUGAAGGACCCAAGACAGCGGACUGGUGACUCCUCAUCCUGGGACCCUGGAGUCAGCCUCCUCUGAGAGGCUCUCAAUGCUCCUGGAGUGGGUGCAGGAGGAGCCCCGUGCUCAGAACAAGUGAGUCCGCUUGGCGAUUGCCAUGGGCACUGGCUUUAAGCCCCAGCUGUGUGGACACUGGCGUGCCCUGUGCACACCAGGGCUCUGUGGACAUGAGCGGCUCCUGUUCUGCCUGAUGCCAGAGGGGCAGCGGCAUCUGACAACCCAGUGGCCCACUCCUGCUGAGAACCUGGGUGGGCACCUCCCAUCUGGAGAGUGCGUCAGCCAUCCGGCAGCCACACAACUUCCCAUGGCUUUGCUAUUAAAUGAGGCCAGUAAUGCAGCUCCAAGUGUGUGGUCUG